AUGAACAGUAUUCAUAUUGAAAUAACCAUUGUCCUUAGUAUUUUUAUUGUUCUUGUUCCUUUUAUCAAUUGCGAUUAUUCGGCCGGUACUCCAAAUGAAGACGAUCUCUUUACUAUUAAUAUUACUAUGAAUAAUUAUGAAACAAAACAGGAAGAUGAAUAUGCAUUUCGUCAAUAUAGAUUACCCGAUGAAGAAUUAUUCAUUGUUGGAUAUUCACCAUUGAUCAAUAUGAAUUCAGCUCAUCAUAUGCUUACAUAUGCUUGUUCACAACCAGGUUCUGAUAAACCAUUCUGGACUGGAGGUGGGCCAUGCAAUAGUGAACAAAUGAUUAUUCAUGGAUGGGGUCGAAAUGCACCUCCAAUGACAUUACCGAAAGAUGUCGGUAUCGCUGUCGGACGUAAUACUCCAUAUAAAUAUAUUGUUGUUAAUAUUCAUUAUUUUGCAAUUUUGAAAAAUGAUAAUUCUGGAAAUCAAUUAAUUAUGACUCGAAAACCAUGUAAAUAUCAUGCAGGUGUCAUGUUAAGUGGUACCAAUGAGAUUUAUCUGAAACCAAAAACACAAACUAUUCGAACUUCUUUUUCAUGUCAAUACAACGGACCACCGAUUUCUAUCUUUGCUGCUCGUGUUCAUGCUCAUCAAUGGGCACGAGUUAAUUCGUUAUAUCGAGUGCGUGACGGAAAAAUUUCACAAAUUGUCAAAGGUGAUCCACAAUGGCCUCAAUCAUUCUAUCCACUUCCAUCAGCUGUUGAAAUUCGAAAAAAUGAUUAUAUUAUUGGUCAAUGUGUCUACGAUAAUAAUGAUGAUAGAAUUAUUACUGUUGGAGGAACGCAUAACGAUGAAAUGUGCAAUGUAUAUGCGAUGUAUUCAUAUGAACCAUCAAAAACAUCAGAUGAUGAAACAAAAAGUGAACCACCUCCAAUUCAAAUGUGUUGGGGUAAUGCAGUUAACCACGUGGCAAGUCUUAUUCCACCAGACAGUGAAAUUCCUCCGCUUAAACCAGCUGAUAUUGGUGGAAUACAUAAUGGUCAUCAUGCUCAUGCUGAACAUGCAAUGAAUUCAUUUACGGUAAAUGAUGAUCAAUUCUAUGAAGAUUAUAUGGAUGAAAUCGAAAAUAUGCGUCAUCGUCAUCGAGGAACAAAUAAUUUUGAUGUAAAUAAAAUCUUAUCACAUCUUGGUUUACCAGAAUAUGAAUAUGUUGAUGCACAAAAUUAUGAUUAUUUAUUACCAAAUCAUUUAACAUAUGGAAAAGGACAAACAGUAAAAUUGCAUAAUGCAAAAUUAAUGAGAUCUAAUCUAUAUAAAAAUGUUGAAAAUUGGCCUGAUGUUAAAUCAUUGCCAGCUCAACUUGGUCAAAUCGGUGGCAUUGCAUUAAAUAAUGCAAAUAAUGAACUUAUUGUAUUUCAUCGUGGAUCUCGAAAAUGGGAAUUUAAAUAUUUUGAUGGAUACCGUUUUCGUAAUGAAAAUUUCGGUCCAAUUGAAGAUGAUGUUCUUAUUCAUGUUGAUACACGUACAGGACAAACAAAAUAUCGAUGGGGUGCUAAAAAAUUUUAUAUGCCACAUGGAUUAACAAUAGAUCAUGAAGGAAAUUUUUGGUUGACUGAUGUUGCUAUGCAUCAAGUAUUUAUGUUUAAACCAAAUGAUUUAAAUCAUCCAGCAUUGGUUGUUGGAGAAAUGUUUCAACAUGGUUCAGGACCAAGUCAACUUUGUCGACCAGCUGAUGUUGCUGUUAUGAAAAAUGGAGAUUUUUUUGUUGCCGAUGGCUACUGCAAUAGUCGUAUUAUUAAAUUUAAUCGCAAAGGAGAAUAUAUUACUGAAUGGGGUUCACCAAUGACAGGAAAGCUUGAUAAUGAUGGUUUUCCAAUGCCUAAUGAAUGGAAUAUUGUUCAUUCAAUAGCAUUGAAUGAAGAUGCACAAUUAUUGUGUGGUGCUGAUCGAGAAAAUUUUCGUAUUCAAUGUUUUAAUUCAAAUACAGGAGAAUUUCAACGACAAAUACGUGUUGAAAAAAAAGAAACGAUUGGUGCAAUAUAUGCUAUUGAAUUUGCACCAAAUACAAAUGGAACAAUUUUAUUUGCUGUUACCGGUGGAGAACAAACAUUGAACAAAAAAGUUUAUAUGAUUGAUGCACAAAAUGGAGAUAUAUUAACAUCAUUUGAUUCAAAUCCAAAUUUAAAUUCUCCACAUGAUAUAACUGUAUCAGCUAACGCUCGUGAAAUUUAUGUUGGUGAAUUAGCAACAUCACCUAGUAAUGCUUUACAUAAAUUUGAGUUAUCAACACCAAAAGAUCUUCCGACACAAACAUUCAGUAAACGAAUUAAUUUCAGUGAUAAAAAUUUUCGUAUUUCUAUAAUUAUAAUGGCUGCCUUCGCCAUUCCUAUUCUUGUUUCUGUGAUUAUUGGAUGUAUUGUUCGAAUAAAGAAUAAACGUAAACUUCAUCGUUUGAAUGUACUCCUCAAUGAUGUGGAAAAUCAUGAUACUAGUAGUAGUUCAUUUUUUAGUAAUUGGAAUAAUCGACGAAAAGGUUUUAAUAAAAUAGAAGCAUAUUCUGAUGGGGAGAAUGAACCAUUAGAUACUCAUAUUGCUGGUGAUUCAAAUAAUAAUUCUGGUGAUGAAACAAUAACUACUACAACAAAACAAAAAUCAACAUCAUUUAAUAAUAAAAAGGAUACUCGGCAAUUUAAAAUGGGUGACAGUCUUUAA